AUGGGCGACUUCCUGCGCCGGGUCGCGGAGACCCUGACGUGGUGCUGCACGUGCCGGCGGCCACCGGACAGCGGGACACAGGACGAAGAUUUCCCGUCUACGACAAUAUUCAAGACCGUCAGUUACGAUGAUCAUGGACGGCGAAUUAUACAGACCAAGACCGUGCAGAGCUGUAUGCUGCGCAAGAAAAUCAUCAACCACUCUGACGGUACCAAGGACAUCGUGGAGGAGGUCAUCACUCCGGGCAGCCAGACGAUGCUUGCUCGGGGUCAGCCGAUGAGCGAGGCUGACUUCCAGAAGGACUCGCUCGACUGGCACAACUACUACCGCGCCCUUCACGGCGUGCCUGCGCUGCAGCUGGACGCCAAGCUCAAUGAUGUUGCGAAAAAGUGGGCUACCACUCUUGCCAUGGAAGAUCGCUUUGAACACAGCCCGGACACGGAAUUCGGCGAAAAUGUGUACGUCAAGUGGUCCAGCAACCCCAAUCAUCAAAUCACAGGACGUGAGGCUGUCGAAUCGUGGUACAGCGAGAUCUCGGAGUACCGUUGGGACGGCAGCACUCCGGACGUGGACGCUGUCGGCCACUUCACGCAGCUCAUCUGGAAGGAGACGACUCGUAUGGGUUGCGCGCAGGCCCGUGGUCCCACGAACAAGAUUCUCGUCGUUGCAAAUUACGCGCCACCCGGCAACGUGGUUGGCAAGUUCGCCGCAUGUGUGCCGCCGCUGCAGCAUUCUGCGACGUGAAAGAACCCUUCCUCACGGCCGCCCCAAAAUUCGUCGUCAUUCCUUAAUUGGUGCGA